AUGAAAUCUGAGAAUAAGAAGCUAACAGAUUUACUCAAUAUUAUCUACGGAAAUUACAAUGAUUUGAUGCAAAAGUACUCGGGAGAUGAGCUCAUGAAAUCAAGAAAGAGAAAGGCCAAUUAUACAGAAAAUUGUGACAAUUCUUUUGAAAAAAAUGGAAUCAGUGCUUGUAGCUGCUGUGAUGGUGGGUCAAAUGGGACACCCAAAGAAAUUGUUUCAAAUGUUUCAAAGGCGUAUGUACGCAUCGAUCGAUCUGAUAUGAGCCUAGAGUUGGUUCAGCACCUUCCAACAUCUCCAGAUCGGAGAAAAAUUCUUCGUUUAGGCUUAAUGAAUUCAGAAUCCAUGGACAGACGAUUCAGCAGAAACUUGUCGAAUGAAGGGAGAGGCUCCAUCAGCCAGCAGAAGAAGCUAGUAGAGAGUAAACGUGUAAUUAGUCGAAAUGAACAAGGGCCAGACCUUACUGAUUUUAUGAAUGACUUGUUCUACGGGGCAAGAAACACGGAAAAGAAAGCGUAUAAUCUGACUGGAAAUGGGCACGUUCUUGAUGAUCACGUUGAAGAAGAUUUUGAUCCGAGUAAAAGAAGUGUUAGCAGCAGAUUAACUCAGGAAUGGCUUCAGGAAGCGAAGCGCAUGGUGGCGUCUUCUCCUUCCCGGAUUGAUUCACCCUCUCGACUCGUUGGCUCCCCGAGAUUUGCUACUUCUCAAGGCAGGCUAUCGACUUCGUCUCUCGAGAAGAGAGACCCUUUCGACAGGUCUGCUAGAAGGCAUAGAGCAAGGGAAAGCUUCAGUGGGGAAAUCCUGUCAAAAACAGCAAAACUUUCCAUGAACAAAUCUGAAAUAAAUAGUGACCCUUCACAGGGCGGAGAAUCUCCUGCAUCAGAUGUCCAAAAGUCGUUCUCCAACCCGCUCAAAAUCCCCAAUAGUCCUACUUCAAAUCCCUAUCCUGCCAUCUCCCCUGACCCCACACCCCCAAGUCCAAGUAGUCUCGUGGGCCCACCUCUUCCACCGCGCCAAUCAGUGCACCGAAGGUCGCGGUUCCAAAAUGACCCCAAUGCACCACUGUCACAGCCUAUCCCAACCCCAACUAGCCCUCCCUCCGUUUCCAAACGAACUUUCAAAGAUACUGCAAGUACUACAAAUAAUGCACCAACAACAAUCUUGAAUACUCCACUGCUCUCCCCACCAAAACAUUUUAUUGAGUCGGCCCACCGAAGGUCGAAAUCUUCCACCACUUGCUCCAGACCGGAGGACGAGGUCCUGUCCCCACCCCGGAACUUGGUGGAGUCAGCUCACCGGAGAUCCAUAUCAUCUUCAACAUGUAGCACUAACAGGACCUUGAAGAAGAGCAAUGUGGAUGAUGGUCAGUUGAAAGAAGGAGAUUUGAAGGGUCAGGAACUGAACAAGUACUUGAAAGAGCAGAGGAUCAAAAUUGGGAAAAUCAUGAGUGGGGAGAUCAAUGGGAAGGCAAAGAUUAUGCUCUCUGGACCUUCAAACAGCACGAGCUCAAUGGUAGCAGCCAUAUGUUACGCGUGGUUGUUAGAGAACAAAAAGAGGGCUAAUAAAAAGGGAGGAGACGGAGAUAAGACUAAUUUGGAGAUGGUGGUACCUGUGAUGAAUAUGAGGAGACGGAAAAUGUGGAAGCAGCAACAAGCGGCUUGGCUAUUUCACCAUGUUGGACUUGAUGCCACUGCUUUGCUCUUUGCUGAUGAGGUUGACAUGGAAACAAUGAUCAUGGAAAAGCAGUUGAGCAUGCUUGUUGUUGGAGAGGAUAUCCUCCGAACCAAUGGCGAGGUUGGAUCAGGAUGCACUAUUGUGACAGACAACUAUUGUGAGGAUGCAUACGAGCUACUUCAAACCCCUAUUGUGAAAAAACUUCUGCUUGCAGGUAUUCUAUUAGACACACAAAAUUUAAAUAUUUCUACCAAGUUGUCUAUGAGUAGGGAUGCAGAGGCAGUUCAGCUUCUCUCAGUUGGCGCCGCUUCUAAUUAUAGGAAUGCUCUUUUUGAUCAAUUGAUGCAAGAUCAAAGGGAUAACGGUUUCUUUGAAGUUCUGCGCUACAGUUACGGGAAGCCUUCUGGUGAAAGUAAUCGAGAUAGUGGAGGAUCAAUAGAGCAGAGGAUUUCUGAGAAGUACCCUUUCAAAGAAGGAAUUGCACCAAACGAGGGGAAAAAUCAAAAUAACACGAAAGAUGAAACAAAUCAGAAGGUUUCACCAAUUUUAGGUAAACAUACAGCCUCUCCCUUGAAGAUGCCAGUGCAGGCUCCUGCAAAGACACCAGCAAAAGGAGCCAAUGCCUCUCAGGGGAAGAAUAAGUCUUUUUUCGCAAAAUUGUUUGGAUUUGGAUCAAAACAGUGA